AUGAAAAUCAUUCUAGUCUCAAUUAUAUUUGGCCUACCAACAACAGUUCUGGCUAAUGUUGAGGCUGAUGCUCUUUUUCUUGCAUGCCUUAAACUAGCUGGUCCAUACAACUAUGAUUGUGAUGGCCGUGUCCUAGUUUCCCCUGGAUAUAUGGCUAGUCCAUGCAACUGUUACAGUUCAGCCUUUCUUGCUAGUUAUGUUGACUGCAUCAAUAGUGCCAAAAACGGCAAUAAAGAAAGAGCCCUAAAAAGCCUUGUCACUAAUUGUGCGGAAUCCAAUACCCGCCACGACCUCUCCACUAAUUACCUUAAAAAAACGUACUUGAAUGAAACAAAUAACUUUAUUGAAUCAACUUCAUAUAACAACAAAACAGUCACUUCAAACCCGCUUCGGUUCCCCCAAGCACAAAUUGAUCUUUACUUUAGAUCUUACCGUUCAAAAACAUAUUCCACCUAUUCCAGUCAACUUUAUGGUGGUCUCAUGAAUGCUUAUUUUGCAGCUAUUUUGGCGAUAGCUACAAUUUCCAAUUUUUUCCGUCGCUGCACACCUGGCUUUGUUCAAAGAAUGUCUCGCUAUCGCUCUGUCCUUUGGGUGCGUCAACACUUUGCUAAUCCCGCUCUCAUAUCAUACAAGCAUAACAUCCCAGUCAAGUGGGGACCAAUAAAUAUGUCACUCCCUACACGCGCCCAAGGCUGGGUUUUGGCUGGUUAUCUUUGCAUGUUUAUAAUUUUUAUGUUUAUUAAGUAUGAUGUUUUUGAGGGGAAUGUCACUUAUUCAACAAAAAAAAUUCAAUUGUUGCGCUGUGUUGCGGAACGCAGUGGAAUCCUUGCUGUAUCACAAUUUCCCCUUCUUUUUGUGUUUGCUGGCCGCAACAACUUUUUGCUUUGGGUAACUGGUCUUUCUUAUGAUACAAUGAAUGUUUACCACAGAUGGCUCGCAAGACUCAUGACCACUGGGGCAUUCAUUCAUGUCAUCUGUUUUACUUUGUAUUUUCAAAGUAGACAUUACUAUCCAAAUAUUUUUCAAGUACAAUACAUCAGGUUUGGUGCUUCUGCUAUUACUGCGGCAUGUCUUAUCAUGUUUUUUUCACUCCGCCACUUCCGUGAACAUUUUUAUGAAGUGUUUCUUACUUUUCAUUGGGCCCUUGUCAUUGCCUUUACCGCAACCAUCUGGCAUCACUUAAAGAAAGCAGGUCACAUUGAAUGGUUAUAUGCAGCAGUGGCCAUAUGGGCUUUUGAUCGUGCUAUGCGGUUAGCCAAAAUUGCUUUGAACGGGGUGACAGUCCGGGGUAAUGCUGAACUGCACCCACAAAAUCUAAUCAAGAUGAAAGUCCAUUAUACUAACUUCUGGAGACCCAAGGCAGGAUCUUAUGUUUUUGUUCAUUUUCUCAACUUGUGGGGUUUUUGGGAAAGCCAUCCUUUUAGCGUUUACCCUUCAUUUGUUGAAGGCGAGGAAAAUGUUCUGGUUUUGUGUAUGCGUGUCCGCAAAGGUAAGACUCGAAAAAUACAAAACUAUCUUGAAAAACAGCCAUAUUGGUUUAAAAGCAUGCCCUUAUUUAUUGACGGUCCUUAUGGUCAUGCAUUUCCUAUUCAAAAUUCUGAAUCCAUAGUAUUUAUUUCUGGAGGGAUUGGUUUUACAGCCAUGUAUUCAUAUGCGUGUAACCUGAAGCAUCUUGGGGGAAGGAGACAAAUGAAAUUUAUUUGGGCUAUUCGCAAUUAUGAAAACACUGAAACUUUUAAAGAAGAGCUUUCUUAUUUGUCAAAUAAUAGGGAUAUCAAUUUAGUCUUGUAUAUCACUAACGAAACAGGUAGUUCACAAAGCAGCCUGCACAUUCAUGAGAAAAAAGCAGCCGAAAAUAGUGAAGAAGAAAUCAAAGAAAAAACAUUGGAAAUUAUUAAUCAAAAUAAUAUUCAAAUAAAUUAUGGUAGGCCCAAUAUUGAGUCCAUUAUAAACACCGCUAUUGAGGAAGCUCCUGGAAGUAUUGGAUUUGCUGUUUGUGGGCCAGAAAGAAUGAAUGAUGAUGUGCGACUUUAUGGAACUAGAUAUAUGGGGAAGGGUAAAGGGCGUGUAGAUGUCUUUAUUGAAGCAUUCAACUGGUAG